CUGAUAGUAAUUGCUGAAUUUGGAGUGAGAAGAGAGAAAAUUAUACAGCAUAACAAUGUCAACUAUGAAAAGUGGUGGAUUAGCCAAGAAAGAAGGCAAAAUGAGGAUUCGGGCCUUUCCUAUGACUAUGGAUGAGAAGUAUGUAGAGAGUAUAUGGGCUCUGUUGAAAAAUGCCAUCCAAGAAAUACAAAAGAAGAAUAAUUCAGGCCUGAGCUUUGAAGAACUAUAUAGAAAUGCUUACACCAUGGUUCUCCAUAAACAUGGAGAAAGGCUAUACACAGGAUUAAAAGAAGUUGUUACUAAUCAUUUAGAGCUCAAGGUCAGAGAAGAUGUUCUCAAGUCUUUACAUAAUAACUUUUUGAUGACUCUAAACCAAGCUUGGAAUGAUCAUCAAACAUCAAUGGUUAUGAUCCGUGAUAUACUUAUGUACAUGGACAGAGUGUAUGUGCAGCAAAAUGAUGUAGACAAUGUCUAUAAUCUUGGACUGAUAAUAUUCAGAGAUCAGGUGGUAAGGUAUGGUUGUAUAAGAGACCAUUUGCGAGAAACUCUUUUAGAUAUGGUUAUGAGAGAAAGGAGAGGUGAAAAAGUGGAUAGAAUAUCAAUUAAGAAUGCCUGUCAAAUGUUGAUGGUGCUUGGUAUAAAUUCAAGGACAGUGUAUGAAGAGGACUUUGAAAGGCCUUUUCUGCAGCAGUCAGCUGAGUUCUAUAAGGUGGAAAGUCAGAGGUUUUUAGCAGAAAAUAGUGCUUCUGUGUACAUAAAAAAAGUUGAGACAAGGAUAAAUGAGGAAUCAGAUCGUGCCAAGCAUUAUUUGGAUGAAUCAACAGAACCAAGGAUUGUAGAGGUUGUAGAAGAAGAGUUGAUCAAAAAGCAUAUGAAGACUAUUGUUGAGAUGGAAAACUCUGGUGUUGUACAUAUGUUGAAACAUCAAAAAACUGAAGAUUUGGCAUGUAUGUACAAGCUGUUUGGUAGAGUGUCAGAUGGCUUGAAAACCAUGGCAGAUUGUGUGAGCAUGUACCUCAGAGAGCAAGGCAAAGCCCUUGUGCAAGAGGAAGAACACCAACCCACAACAAAUGCCAUCACUUUUGUGCAGUCCCUGUUAGAUCUAAAAGAUGGUUUUGAUCAUUUCCUGAAGAAUUCCUUCAACAAUGACAAGAUAUUCAAGCAGAUGAUUGCUUCUGAUUUUGAGCAUUUCCUCAAUUUGAAUCCCAAGUCUCCAGAAUAUUUGUCAUUGUUUAUAGAUGAUAAGCUGAAAAAAGGAGUCAAAGGGAUGUCAGAACAAGAUAUUGAAUUGGUUUUGGACAAAUCCAUGGUUUUGUUCAGAUUCCUUCAAGAAAAAGAUGUGUUUGAGAGGUACUAUAAGCAACAUCUUGCCAAAAGAUUGUUGUUGAACAAGUCUGUGAGUGAUGACUGGGAGAAGAAUAUGAUCUCUAAACUAAAAACUGAAUGUGGUUGUCAAUUCACUUCAAAGCUAGAAGGGAUGUUCAAAGACAUGACUGUCUCAAAUACCAUCAUGGAUGAGUUUAAGGAACACAUUUCCAAAUCAGAGACGAAUUUGGGAGGAGUUGAUCUGUUUAUGCGGGUCCUAACGACCGGAUUCUGGCCGACCCAGAGUGCAACUCCCAAAUGUCAUAUCCCAGCUGUGCCAUUGGCUGCCUUUGAAUGUUUCAGAAGAUUCUAUCUGGCCAAACACAGCGGCAGGCAGCUCACCCUUCAACCCCAACUCGGCAACGCCGACCUCAACGCCGUCUUCUACGGCCCCCGCAAAGACGACAGCGACAAAGACGGCGCAUGCUCGUCCUCCACCAGCCUGGCGUCAGCCAAGUCGGGCCCCCGCAAGCACAUCAUCCAGGUGUCCACCUACCAGAUGGUGGUGCUGAUGCUGUUCAACAAUCACGACAAGCUGACCUACGAGGAGAUUCUAAACGAGUCGGAUAUACCGGAAAGGGAUCUCAUCAGAGCUCUGCAGUCGCUGGCGAUGGGCAAGGCAACGCAACGCAUCCUCAUCAAGAACCCCAAGACGAAGGAAAUCGAAUCAUCGCACGAGUUUUUCGUCAACGACUCGUUCACGUCGAAGCUGCACCGGGUGAAGAUUCAGACGGUGGCAGCCAAGGGAGAGAGCGAGCCGGAGCGCAGGGAAACGAGGAACAAGGUCGACGAGGACAGGAAACACGAGAUCGAGGCGGCGAUCGUGCGCAUCAUGAAAUCGCGCAAGCGCAUGGCCCACAACAUCCUCGUCACCGAGGUCACCGAACAGCUGAAGAGCCGCUUCCUCCCCUCCCCAGUCAUCAUCAAGAAGCGGAUAGAGGGUCUGAUCGAGCGCGAGUACCUAGCGCGCACGCCCGAAGACAGAAAAGUGUACACGUACGUGGCGUGAACGGCGCUCGUACGUGUCAUGUACGUGGCGUGAACAAGUCACGUUCGUGGCGUGAACAAGUCACGUUCGUGGCGUGAACAAGUCAUGUACGUGGCGUGAACAAGUCACGUACGUGACGUGAACAGAUCGCUUACGUGACGUGAACGGCACGAUUCCCGAAAUCGGGGCACGCGGACUUUGGCGAAACUUCGGACGGUGAUCCAGUGAAUCCUCAUAGAUAAUUAAUUCAUAUUCGUAUAAACAUAACGUUAAUUAAAUUAUUCCAAAUGAUUUUUUUUUAAUUCGCGAUGGAGGUGUGCAGUGUGGGGUUUGGGAGGGAUUGUCGGGGCCGGAAUCGGUUGUUUUGAUCCAAUUUGAAUAAUGAAUGGCUGGAAAGUUCUUGGGCUUGAAGCUUAUGUUGAUAUUUUUUUAUGGUACUUCUUAGAAUAUUUGGGGAUUUAUCUUCAAGCACGAUAUUUUUUCAGAUUGUAUAUUUUUUAAUUACUUAUUCUAAUUAUUUUACUGAAAACUUUCAUUGCCUUUUUUUAUCGAUCUAUUUAUAGAUGUACAUAUUUCAAAAGUAUAAUUUGAAACUUUCUAAUCUGACUUGACUUUCAAGUUGAGUGUGAAAGAUUUAACCCUAAAAAAAACUAAUGUCAAAUUCAAUGAAUCUAUAUUUUUGAGAUUCGUUCUUAAAAUACUCAUUUUCUCGAAAAUCCUUCAAAUUCUUUUUUAUUUGAAUCAUAUUAUUGUUUAAUUUGAUUGAAUCCAGGUAAAUUUGAGACUAGAAUUCCAUUUGAAUUUUAUUGAAUUUGGAAUCUGAUGAAGUACUGAGAGUUAUGAAACAAUCCUUCACCUAACAUUUUUUAUCGUUUAUAAAAUUUAUAAAUGGGGAUUCACAGAUGAAACCAAAUAAAAGAAUUGGUUGAAUCAACUUAUUUUGGCUCUGACAAAAUGGUUGAACAGACUUGGAGAUCUAUCAAUUUCUUGAAGAAGAGUUUAUGUUGGAGUUGGUCAGCUAGUGAUUAUUUAACAUUGAAAACACAUUUUUUGUAUUGUUGAUCUAAUGAGGAGCACAUAUAAUUUACAUUUCCUUGGGUCAUGAUAUUUGAUAUGGAAUUUAUUUGAAAUUAUAAUUGAAAAACCAAUGGAUAUAUUACAGAUAACGGUUGUUGUUGUCAAAUUAUCAACUAGUCAAAAAUAGUUGAGGAUGUGGAGUUUUUUUAUUAUGAUAUUUUAUGUGGAGAACCAAUUUCAUCUUUUUGUAACUGUCAAAUCAUUUGUGAACAAUAUUUAUAUCCCUAACUUUUUUGAUAAGUGGAUAAAUUUCUAAAACAAACUGUUAUAUCAAAUAUUAUUUAUUGAAAAAUAUGAAUCUUCAUAUCCUUACCAUCUUGUAGAAAAAAAGUUUGUGGUAUUGAAUUUGUGAAUUAAUUCUUGAGGUAGAAGGAUAGGCUAUUGAAAUCUGUAUACUGCUAUAUUGGCAGAUAUUUCCAAAUGGUUUCUUUGGAAGUGGAAAGAGUAAAUUUUGGAAACAUGAUGAAAAAUAAAUAAUUUCUCCAGUUAUUAUGCUGUACCUAUGGAUAAUUUUGAAUUAAUUGAAAUUCCUCUGUAAAUAGUUUUCCAAAUGUACGAAAUAAUCAAAUACAUAUUGUUUUUUUUUUUUCAUACAUAAAGACAGAUAAUAUGGAUAAUGCUGAUUUAACAUGGUGAAUAAACUGUUUUAAUAUG